UAUUUUCUUUCCAUACAUUCACGGCAAUACCCGUGUACAACUUCCCCUCUCUUUCUUCAAUCUUCCAUAAUCACUUUUUCAUCUUCCUCACCAUUCAAUCUCCAAAUCCAUUUUCUGUUCUGUAUCUCUACUGUGUGCCAUUUCCCUUUGGUUUGUUAAUAGAUUCGUUAACACAUUGUCAUUCAAUGGAAAAGAAGGAUCUGGAUUUCAUACUAGUCCCUGGUGGCCUACUAAUGAUGUCGGUGUAUCAUUUCUGGCUCUUCUACCGAGUCAUGAAACAUCCCACCAAAACAGUCAUUGGUGUCAAUGCAAUCAAUCGCCGUAUCUGGGUCCAGGCCAUGAUGGAGGAUGUAUCGAAGAAUGGGGUUCUAGCAGUGCAAUCAUUGAGGAACAACAUAAUGGCAUCGACCCUUUUGGCUUCCACAGCUAUAAUGUUGAGUUCCCUGAUUGCUGUGUUGAUGAGCAGUGGGCAUGAGAAGAAAACCGUGGUGUCUGAGGUUUUUGGGGACAGGAGCGACCUUGGUUUGUCCAUAAAGUUCUUUUCCAUAUUGGUGUGUUUCUUGUUGGCAUUUCUGCUGAAUGUUCAGUCCAUAAGGUACUAUAGCCAUGCAAGUAUCCUUAUCAACGUGCCCUUCAAGAAAGUGACUUCAAAUGUGAGGCACCAAAUGCUCACAGCUGAGUAUGUUGCGACCACUGUGAACAGAGGCAGCUAUUUCUGGUCCCUUGGCUUGCGUGCCUUUUACUUCUCAUUCCCUCUGUUCAUGUGGCUCUUUGGACCAAUUCCAGUGUUCUGCACUUCCUUUGCUCUUGUUUUCAUGCUCUACUUCUUGGAUGUUACAUUUGAGUGUGGAUGUGCUGGGGUUGCUGACACUCACAUUGCUCAAGUUUUUCAAUUGAACAAACACCAUGUUGAUGUUGAAAUUGGAAGGGAUAAUUAGGUGUUAAAGUAGGUUGAUUUUUCUGUUUGUGGUUAUAGACUGGUACAUGGUUAAUUAAACUUUGGUUGAUUGUGUUAAUGGGUUAGCGUGUAGGCUAGUAAGAUAUGUGUAACAAUGCAACUUCUGCAAAAUAUUUGAUGGCAUGUAAACUUCAUCUGAGAACUCUUAUAAAUGGUUAAUUGAAUAGUGAUUGGUGAUAUUAAAUUAGAUUUAAAAUAUAUAUUUUUAA